AUGGAGCUUCGAUGCUGUUUCAUCGACGAUAUGGAAUCGAUCAUCGCGGUCGAUCUAACCGACUUCAAUUUGACACAAAUUCCUGAUCUUCCCUACUACAGUAAUCUGAUUCCGAAUAUGCUGGAUAUUCGACUGAAUGAGGAGAUUGUUCCACAGAAAGAUGAUUUUGUCGGCGGGACUGAUAUCGUCACUCUGUUUCUCCCGCCGCACUACGCGUGUCCGGGUGGAGAUCGAUGGUGGAACAUUAUCAACAGUACGACAGAUCCACCCGGAAAUCUUUGUUCUGGGUUAAAAAAUCCCUGUUUGAACAACAGUCAAAUCUGUCCGGAGCCGCAUUCCUACUGCAGUCCCAAUGGCCCAAAUCACACACUAUGCCUGUGUAAAGGUACUUAUCACGGUUACAAGUGUUUGAGAAGUGGACAAUUUCCCACCGCUGUCUUCCUCGGUUCAGCGUGCGCUGUAACAGUUCUAACCGCUGCUCUUUUUUACUGGACAACUCGACGACAUGUUGGCAAACACCAAGAUUAA